AUGGUGAGGUGGGAAGCUCCCCCCGCCGGCUGGCUGAAGCUCAACUUCGACGGGUCUGUGUACAAUGACGGGUCCGGCCGGGCCAGCAUCGGCGGCGCCAUCCGCGACUGCAACGGCCGCGUUCUUGCCGCCUUCGCCGAGCCGACGGAGCACUCAACGGUGGGGAUAGUGGAGGCAAGGGCGCUCAUUCGCGGGCUGCGCCUUGCGCUAAGUCGCUUCCGCGGCAGGCUGGUGGCGGAAGGAGACGACCUCAUGCUGGUGGAGCUCCUCACAGGCGAGGAGACGCAGACGCGCAUACCUCGGGCCAUGCAAGAUGAGAUUCUCAUGUUGCUUGGGUGCUUCACGGCGUACAAGGUCCAGCACAUUUUCCGCGAGGGCAAUCAGGUCGCCCACGUCCUGUGCAAAGAGGCGUAUCAGCGGCCAGGGGUGUGGGCGGGCGGGAUCGUGCCGCACGCCGUCUGGGAGAAGGCGCAAGACGAUGUGCACGGCGUGGCACACGAGCGGCUCUUCAAGAAGAAGUUAUGA